AUGGUGGUUCCAACAAUCGCACUCUAUGCUAGCCCACCGAGUAGUGUAUGCUCGACUCCACAUCCUUGCCAGAUCAAUUCUCACUCCUCGUACGAUUUCGAUUUGAAUAGUCGAUCAUCGUCUUCCUCAUCGACUGCCUCGUCGUCUCAAAAACCGAUCGUCGGUGGUCUCUCUUGCCUACUUUCAUCGCAAUCGGUGAAACACGCCUCGUCUUCGAGCUACUCCAAUGGAGGCGAAGAGUUGGGAUCGUUGUGGCACGAUAAAGGAGACGAAUUGGGUUGUUCAUUUCGCUACUCAUCGUUCUGUUCAUCUCUGAAGAAAGAUCAGAGCCCUGUAUCUGUAUUACAAGGCCCUGUUUCGUGUAGUAGUAGUGGAAUUGGUUCUUCGAGAAGUCCACCCAUGAGAAUUUCGCGCGAAAAGAGUGGUGAUGUGGGUCUUUCCGGUUCGAUUCGAUCGGGGACUAAUGGGUGGUUCAAUGGGUUUGUUCGUCAUGCUUUAGGGUCUUGCGUGGACUAUGAUUUGCCGAGUGCUCAAGUGGGUGGUUCGCUUGAUAUCGAUUCGUCGUCUGUACUGAUUGAUGAACUCCCAUUUACUAUGGAUGAUAAUUUUGUGGAGUCAAGUUCUGACCCAUAUGUUAAAGAUUUGCUUUUGGGUGCUCAAUCGAGACACCCGAUUUUCCGUGGAGAUUUUGUUGUCAAGGCUUUCUAUGAAGCUGAGAAAGCUCAUAGAGGACAGAUGCGAGUGAGUGGGGAUCCUUAUUUACAGCAUUGUGUUGAAACCGCGGUUCUGCUUGCAACGAUUGGGGCGAAUUCAACUGUAGUUGCUGCAGGGCUUUUACAUGACACACUUGAUGAUUCUUCUAUGAGUUAUGACUCUAUUUUCCAGACAUUUGGAGCUGGGGUUGCUGAUUUGGUUGAAGGGGUAUCCAAGCUAAGUCAUUUGAGCAAGCUUGCACGAGACAACAAUACAGCAAGUAAAACUGCUGAGGCAGAUCGCCUGCACACUAUGUUCCUUGCAAUGGCUGAUGCAAGGGCUGUCCUCAUAAAGCUGGCUGAUCGAUUGCAUAAUAUGAUGACACUAGAUGCAUUACCUUUGGUCAAGCAACAGAGAUUUGCUAAAGAAACAGUGGAAAUCUUUGCCCCUUUGGCCAAUCGUUUAGGGAUCUGUAGUUGGAAAGAGAAACUUGAAAAUCUAUGUUUCAAAUAUCUCUACCCAGAUCAGCAUGAAGAACUCUCCUCCAAACUUGUAAACUCCUUUGACGAGGCAAUGAUUACUUCAGCUGUAGAGAAACUAGAGCAAGUUCUCGAGGAUGCAGCCAUUUCUUACCAUGAUCUAUUGGGGAGGCACAAAAGCUUGUAUAGCAUCUAUGCCAAAAUGUUAAAAAAGAAACUGACCAUGGAUGAAAUUCAUGAUAUUCACGGUCUACGAUUGAUUGUUGAGAAAGAAGAAGAUUGUUACAAGGCAUUGAGAGUUGUUCACCAGUUGUGGUCCGAAGUACCUGGAAAGUUCAAGGACUACAUAAAUCAUCCCAAGUUUAAUGGAUAUCAAUCUCUACACACAGUAGUGAUGGGGGAGGGCAUGGUUCCGCUUGAAGUUCAGAUUCGAACAAAAGAGAUGCAUUUACAAGCAGAGUUUGGAUUUGCCGCCCAUUGGAGAUACAAGGAAGGUGAUUGUAAACACCCUUCCUUUGUGCUUCAAAUGGUUGAGUGGGCCCGUUGGGUUGUCACGUGGCAGUGUGAGACGAUGAGCAAGGAUCGAUCAACAAUUUGCUACGCAGACUCCAUCAAACGACCACCCUGCACAUUCCCUUCUCAUUCCGAAGAUUGCCCAUAUUCCUAUAAACUCGAUUGCGUCUCCGAUGGACCAGUCUUUGUCAUCUUGAUGGAAAACGACAAGAUGUCGGUGCAGGAGUUCCCAGCAAACUCAACCAUCCUAGAUUUGAUGGACAGAGCUUGUCAAGGAAGCUUUAGAUGGACCUCUUAUGGGUUUCCUGUGAAGGAAGAAUUGAGGCCGAGGUUGAAUCACAAGCCGGUGAGUGAUCCCACCUGCAAACUAAAAAUGGGGGAUGUGGUGGAGCUCACUCCGGCAAUACCUGACAAAUCAUUGACAGAGUAUAGGGAAGAGAUCCAGCGGAUGUAUGAUAGAGGCCUUACUCUGUCAGCCUCAGGACAGGCUGCUAGUAACAUGGUUGGCUGGAGAAGUUGAUGACACUGCUUGUUUUUUUUCCUCCGGUUGUAGUGACAACUAGUUGUACUUGUAUAUAUAGAUGAUAAGUAUUGGCAAAGCUUUCUGGUUCUGGGUUGAAGAACAAUUACUCACUAGAUUCAACAAAGAGCAAAAUGUUUAAUUUUAUUGCUAUAUUAGCUGCCUUGUUUUGUUUUUCCACAUUGGCUCCAAUUUUAUGUACCAGUGGCGCAAACUCAUCA